UGAGCCGCUAUCUUUACACUAGCAGAGCCAAAACAAGUCUGGAGGAAAAGGCAUAAAUACAAUGACAUCUGAAAUCAUUAAAGACAUCUCCGUGUCCAGCUUUCCCCAACCCGACUCACCUGUCUCGUCAGCACCAGAAAACGGACAGCUGUUAUUCAUCCGAAACGUCGCGUCCAGGAGGGACACACAGACCACCAGCGGCAGUGCCAACCUCGAGGAGGGCAGCUCCCAACCUCUGGUAUCUUCUUCAGCCACAGCUGAACCCCAGUCUUACACCAUGACAUCGGGCGAAUUCAUGCAAUCCACGCCUCUGUUCGUGCAGAGGUCCAAGAAGAACCUCUUUUAUAAGAUCUUGUGUUUUCUCGUGCUCGUUCUCCAGGGUGGCAUGUUGGAUUUCUACCUCAUCGUCUUCACGGAUCUCUACUGGUGCUCGUGGAUAGCCACGGAUUUGGUGGUUAUAUCGGGAUGGGCGAUCUUCUUUAUGAAAAACGCCAGGAGCAAGCGAGAACGAGCCUGUGGUUUCCACCAGAAGAGCUCCAUCUUCGGUUGCAACCUCGGGGAGUUCACCUUCGCCUACCUGGCAUGGCUCAUCUACGUGAUCGCCUCCACCCCGAAAGUGGUGCUCGUUUUGGAAACGUCCAUCCUGGACCUCAUUGCCCUUAAGGUGCCGUUCGGCAUCACCGGUUUCAAAAUAACCAUGUUACUCUGUGCGCCUUUGCUUUUCUGUCUCAUCAACUCCAUCAUUGAAGAUCUCAACGGUGCCACGCGCUUCCACUCCCAAGGUUGCUUCAUGAGCACCUGCAUAGACCUCCUAGACAGCUUCACCUUGGUGGAGCUGCUGCUUAAGAACGACAUUCCCAACCUUUACCUCAAGUACACGGUUAUGUCUGUGUAUUUCAUCGCAUUGGGCGUUCCGGUUAUAUGGCUUUACGAGUUGACGGCCUCGGAGAUGAACUGUCGCUGGAUCUGGGCGAGGUUCUUCACCGGCGUGCUGGUCAACGCACCGUUGUUGGUGGUCAGAUGUUUCCUCGUCUUCGUUUACAAAACGCCCGUGUCGGUUUUCAUGUUCAAAAACAUGUUCUUUUUGGGGUAUAAGUGCCUGGAGCUGAUUGAGCAGUGCGUGUCUUUAAGAGGUCUCCGGAGGUUUGCACGUGGACGUGGGGGCAACCCAGCACAGUUCUCCCAUUGCGUUUCUGAAAACGACAUGUGUCCUCACGGCUAUGUGAACACACUGGCUGUAAAUACUCGUAAAUGCGCUCAUUAGGACAGGCGUUUACGGGAGGCCACUUAACUACUCAGUGUGUAUCGGCCCUUUUAAGGGGACGUACUACAGGUGAAAAGGUUAAACAUCUACCUUUCCUUUUAAUCAAUGUAAUUAAAAUACACAAACCACGAAUAAACAGUAAUCAAUACAGAAAUCUGAUAUAAUGCAUGCAAAACACAUAAAUAAUAUGUAUGUUCAUGUAUGGUUUUCACUGAUACGAAAAAUGUCACAUACGCACAUACAGUACUGUGCAAAGGUUUUAGGCACUUGUGAAAAAUGUUGCAUAGUGAAGAUGUCUUGGUUUUCAUUGAUCAAUUAACGUCAUACAAAGUCCAGUAAACAUAAAAAAAGCUUAAUGGAUAUUUGGCCUGACCACCUUUGCCUUCAAAACAGCACCAAUUCUCCUAGGUACACCUGGACACAGUUGUUCUUGGUUGUUGGCAGAUAGGAUGUUCCAAGCUUCUUGGAGAAUUCGCCACAGUUCUUCAAUCUAUUUCGGCUGUCUCAAUUGCUUCUGUCUCUUCAUGUAAUCCCAGACUGACACAAUGUUCUGUGGGGGACAUGUCAUCUGUUGCAGGGCUCCCUGUUCUUCUAUUCUAAUCUAUCUAUUCACAAAAGGAAUGUUUGAGAAUCUAAAAUGUAUUUUUCCU